AUGUCGCUCAACUGUGAACUCUAUAGCAGUGAUGAGGAUUACCGACUGCCUCGUGGCUGGGAACUCAAAUCCCUCAUUCGCUUGACCGUGUUGAGUAACAUCUUGGUGGCAAAGGAGAGGCGACUUAGUGAGUACUGGUGGUAG